AGGGAAGGGAAGAUAAAUACGUGAGGUUAAAAGAAACCUUUCCAUUUUCAUCUUUCCCCUGAUUCAGAAAUUUCAAAUUGAAAUGACCCAUCUUCUAUGAACAUCGAUAGAUCUAUCUAUCUAUGCUCUAAGGAAGAAAAGGGGAUUACUGGGUUUUUCCAUUACUGCACUCAUCUGCGCCGACAUCCAAGAAAAAAUAUCAUCAGCUCAUAAAAAUCUUCUCUUUGAAGCUGUUUAUAUAACUAUAAAUAGUUGGGUAGCUUAAUUUGGUAUUAAAAUUCCCCCCUUUAUCUCUCAUCAGCCGGGGAACGGAAUAUUGGGUUUGAAAAGUAGUGAAGUUGGUGGGUUUUUAGAUCUGGUGAUUGAGGAGGGUCUAUUUAUCUAAAUCUCAGCGGAGAAUAGAUGGAAGGUUAAAUUGAUAGCUGAAGAAGGUUGGAUUUCGUAGGAGGGUAUUGGAAUACUUUACAUUGCAGAGUGAGGAGGAGGUGCCUUAACCUCCUCUUGAGUUUUCUUCUAUAUGACGAACACAAUUAGAGCUUAUAAGCUACAGGAGUUUGUAGCUCAUGCUUCUAAUGUGAACUGCUUGAAGAUUGGAAAGAAAUCGUCUAGAACUCUUGUCACUGGAGGUGAAGAUCAUAAAGUGAACUUAUGGGCCAUUGGGAAGCCAAACGCUAUCAUGAGUUUAUCUGGUCACACCAGUGGGAUUGACUCUGUCAGCUUUGAUACUUCAGAAGCAUAUGUGGCUGCUGGUGCGGCAAGUGGGACAGUUAAGCUUUGGGAUCUAGAGGAGGCAAAGAUUGUUCGUACCUUAACUGGUCACCGUUCAAAUUGCAUAUCAUUGGACUUUCACCCAUUUGGAGAGUUCUUUGCAUCUGGUUCUCUUGAUACAAAUCUUAAGAUAUGGGAUAUUAGACGAAAAGGAUGCACACACACGUAUAAGGGCCACACCCGAGGGGUCAAUGUUAUCAGAUUUACACCUGAUGGACGGUGGGUUGUAUCUGGUGGAGAAGAUAAUAGUGUUAAGCUUUGGGAUUUGACAGCUGGGAAACUGCUGCAUGAUUUUAAGUGUCAUGAUGGCCCGAUCCAGUGUAUUGAUUUUCAUCCUAACGAGUUUCUUCUGGCUACUGGCUCUUCUGACAGAACUGUUAAAUUUUGGGAUCUUGAAACUUUUGAGCUUAUCGGUUCUGCUGGUCCUGAGACUACAGGAGUACGUUGUAUGACCUUUAACCCUGAUGGAAGAACACUUCUCUGUGGUGUGCAUGAAAGCUUGAAGGUUUUCUCUUGGGAGCCCAUAAGAUGUUAUGAUUCAGUAGAUGUUGGAUGGUCUAGAAUUUCAGAUCUCAAUGUUCAGGAGGGGAAGCUCCUGGGCUGCUCCUUUAACCAGAGUGGUGUUGGAGUGUGGGUUGUAGAUAUUUCGCGUAUUGAACCAUAUUCACUUGGUAAUAUUUCUAGAACAAAUGGUCAUGCAGAAUCAAAACAAAGUUCAGGUGCGAACACACCUGUUUUGAGUGAAAACAAUACAAAAAGCAGUCACGGGAGGUUAUCCAGCUCUCAAAAUCCAGACCCCGUGGCUAAGGAAACAAAAUCAUUGGCAAAGCUUUCUGUCACUCAAAACUCAGAGCCUGUUGCGAAGGAGGCAAAAUCCUUUGGAUCGACAGGAAGUAUCCCGAGUACACAAAAGAUAAUUCCCAACAACAAUUCAAAGGUUACUCCAGCUCCAGCUCCAGCUAGUUCAGUAACAGUUCCUGGUGCAAUAGCUCCAAAGAGGAAUACAGUCAAGGUCCAGCCAACGAUAAGUUCUUCAGUUUUCAACAGGUCAGAAGUCAUACCUGUGAUAAUUCCACGCCAUAAUGGGUUGUUGGAUGUAGCUGAAUCUAAGAAGGAAAUUACUGGCGGAAGACGUGUGCCAAUCUCCAUGCAGACAAAAACAUCUGAUUUACGAAAGAUCUCAAAUGUAAGAGAGGAGCCAGAGAAGCCAUCUGUUACCAUGCAAUCCGAAGCUGAAACUGUGAAGAUCACUGAAUUGAGUAAUAUGAUGGACAAAAACGCAUUUCCAGCAGCAAAAGGUUCAUUAUCAGGAGUUUCUGAAAAUGAGGUGAAUGUGAAAGAUGUCAGAUGCACGUCUUCUGGGAGAUAUAGGACGAAUUCAUUGCAGGAGACGCUUAGCACUUACCAACAUGGUGGCUAUGAAAAUCGUGCUUAUAGGGGCAACAGAGAUGCAUUUUCAUUUGAAAGCCAAAAAGGAGAUGAAAAUCGUGCUUAUAGGGGUAACAGAGAUGCAUUUCCAGUUGAAAGCCAACAAGGAGGUAGGACACGUUCUAUUGUUGCUAAUUGGGAGAAACGAGACAGAUACACUUACCACGAAUCUCCUGCUUCUAGCAAUCUCCCAGACACUGUGCCUGUUUGUAACCCGCAAAGGCGCAAUGUGAGAGGGCACCCUUCUCCAGAAAAAGAAACUGUGUCUGCAACUGAUGAAGAUGUUAUUACAGAUCUGUUGGAUCAACAUAAUCAGUUUGUUGGCUCAAUGCAGUCCCGUCUUGCCAAAUUACAGGUGGUACAUAGAUAUUGGGAUAGGCGUGAUAUUAAGGGGGCACUCCGGGCCAUGGAGAAGAUGAAUGAUCAUGCUGUUCUUGCUGAUGUAAUUGGCUUUCUCACUGAGAAAUCGGAUGGUGUCACAUUAGAUAUUUGCACAUGCAUGCUACCACUUCUAAAUCUCCUUCUUGAAAGUCAAACGGAUAGGCACCAAGGAAUAUCCCUUGAAAUGCUUCUAAAGAUGGUUAGAGUGUUCGGUUCAAUCAUCUAUUCCGCUGUAUCAGCAUCAUCCCCAGUCGGUGUGGACAUUGAGGCCGAGCAGCGGCUGGAACGCUGUAAUCUCUGCUAUAUCGAGCUGGAAAAGGUUAAACAUUGCCUUCCAGUUCUUUCCAGGAAAGGGGGUUCUAUUGCUAAGUCUGCUCAAGAGCUGAAUCUAGCACUCCAAGAAAUAUCAUAAUCAUAAUCACAAACCCCACCAAGAUGAAUGUGUAUAAAGAGAGGUCGAAGUUGACCUACAGUUUUCCGGCCAUAGCAGACCCCUCGGGAUUAAAGAUUUGAUGGGAUAUUACACUUAUUUGUCGUGUUUUAUUUCUGGGCUGCUGCUGUAUUGUAGAUUCUUAGCAGAGAAAAGAAUUUAACUUACUAAUGGUGCUAUGAUUGUCUAACAAAGAUGUCGAGAAGCCAAUAGAAGAUGGUUUUCUCCUCAGGUGCUACUGGUUACCCGUCAGUCACUUCUAAUAUGAUGUUUGAACACAGAAUUGCAGUUCGUGAGGUAAUAUAUGUAUUGCUUUGAACAGUUCGGUUUGUUUUGACGUGUAAGUGUUAGAGAAAACUCAGUUUUUUUACUCUCAUCUGAUGUACUCACCACUUACAAAAUUUGAUGCAAGAUUUUAUACUAUUGUUUAUUGAUUUUUAAGAAUA